CCUCUACCAGCUGAAGCCAGAAAAUGCCACUGCUGGCCAGGAAGUGCCCAAGAAGAUAAAAAUCGAAAGCACACAGCGGAUUAAAGUCAACAAGCGGUAAUGCUGCGGGUGGACUCGGGCUUCGGUUAGCAGGUGAAAUACAGCAGAGGAGAUGGCGUAUCAGGGCAGCGGGCAAGCCUGGGGAAAACUGGUGAAAGUGGAUGCAUCUCCAGACUCUGAAAUAUUGCUCAUAAACAGAGAAUGCACAGUGGGGAGAAGAAAAGGCUGUGACCUCUCAUUCCCUUCUAAUAAACUGGUCUCAGGGGAUCACUGCAAAAUCACUCAAGAUCAGAACUCAGGAAAGGUGUGGCUGGAGGACAUGAGCACCAAUGGAACAGUGAUCAACAUGUCCAAACUGGUGAAGAAACAGGCGUACUUACUGCAGAACGGUGAUGUCAUUUAUUUUGUGUACAGGAAGAACGAGCCAGAACAGAACAUUGCUUAUGUGUAUCAGGCCAUCAUGCCACAGAAAAGUGCCUCACAGGAUGUUGAAGAUGAUGGGAGAGAAGAAGAAUCUGAUCUGACAGAAACAGAAAGUGAACCAGCACCAGUGGAGCCAGUUAUUGUAAAGCCUCUACCUCAGACUGGGCAUGAGGAACCCCAGCCAUCUACCUCCACCUCUACCUUCCACUUCUUCAACAUGUCCUUAUCUACCUGCUCUGGUUAUGAAAAUGAAAAGCAUGUUGAGUCAUCAAGCUGUUCCCACAAUGCCCCAGCAGGCAGCCCAAGGGAGGCAGUCAUGAAUCACCCCUGCCUGAAGAGAACUUACUGGACUGACGGAGGGCAGCAGAUGCUGACAGAGAUGGAAACAGAGAGGAAAAGAAGAAAAACUGAGAGAGAUGACCUGGAUAGAUUUGGAUCUGCUCACAGUGACUCCGCUGCUUCUGCAAAUGUUCCUCAGGCCACUCUCAGAGUAGUGGGGAAAGAGAAAGCAGAGGGAGCCAAAACGGACAAGAUGGAAGAGUCCCUCACCUGCAUCAUCUGUCAAGACCUGCUGCAUGACUGUGUCAGUCUUCAGCCUUGCAUGCAUACAUUUUGUGCUGCCUGUUAUUCUGGUUGGAUGGAGCGCUCCUCACUCUGCCCUACCUGCCGAUGUCCCGUGGAGAGGAUCCGUAAAAACCACAUCCUCAACAAUCUUGUGGAGGCAUACCUGCUUCAACACCCAGAGAAGUGUCGCAGUGAAGAGGACUUGCGCAGCAUGGAUGCUCGGAAUAAGAUCACACAAGACAUGCUGCAGCCGAAGAUCGAGCGCUCAUUUUCAGACGAGGAAGGAAGUUCAGAUUAUCUGUUCGAGCUUUCAGACAAUGACAGUGACACCUCUGACAUGAGUCAGCCCUACAUGAUGUGUCGGCAGUGUCUGGGCUAUCGGAAGGAGCUUUGCUCUGCCCUGUGGAUCUGUGAGCCCGCUCAAUCAGAGGCGCCAGCUAAAGUGCCUGGAGAUGAACCCUCCACAUCCUCUGAAACCACCACAGCUCCUCAGGAGUUCAGGUGUCCUCCUCAGGGCAGUCACCUCAUCUGCACCUGCUGCCUGCAGCCCAUGCCUGACAGACGCGCAGAGCACCUUCCCCCACAGAUGUCCCCUCAACAUUGUAUGGUGUGCCAGAAGCCUUUCUGUCACGUGUACUGGGGCUGCCAGCGGAUCGGUUGUCAAGGUUGCCUAGCACGUUUCAAUGAACUUAACCUUACUGAUAAAUGUCUGGAUGGAGUUUUAAAUAGCAAUCAGUACGAGUCAGAAGUUCUUCAGAAUUAUUUGACUUCUAGAGGAAUGACCUGGAGGCAUAUGCUACAGGAAGCACUUCAGGCAGUACAGCAAGGCCGGUACCAUCUCUCAGAUUACAGAAUUACUGCCAACUCCUUCCUGUGCUACUGCUGUGGACUUUGCACUUUUAGAGAGCUCACAUACAAAUACAGAGAGCACAUUCCUCCAUCAGAGCUGCCAGAUGCUGUGACUGUCAGACCAGACUGUUACUGGGGACGUAACUGUAGGACUCAAGUGAAAGCACACCAUGCCAUGAAAUUCAACCACAUAUGUGAGCAGACCCGCUUCAAGAACUAAGAUUAUUGGAACAGUGUUCGAUUCAGCAGCGGUUUUUGUAAGGUUGAAAAGCUCUCUGGCUUCGUCAUUAUUCCAGUUUCUCACGAAGUGAUGUCUUCUGGGUAACAAACCUGCAGUAAGAAGGUGUUAUACCUCUUUACUCCUCUAGAUGGCAGUUUGUAGUCAAGCCAUUUACAUAUGCAAAGUCAAUCAGCUGUAAUAACCCAAUUAUUUUCGAGAUAAACAGGUUGAGGUAUGGCGUCAGCAUAUAGAAAUACUUUAUCUUGAUCAGCACUUUGUUUCAUUCCACUAUGCUAUUGAUGUUGUUUCAUGUUGCAUCUCUAGUUUUAAUUGUGAAGCAUGACAAAGCAGGCAAUCAACACAGUAGCUGAUGCACUGUAAAAAAAAAAAAAAAAAAAAAGUACCUUUCAUGCAAAAAGCUGUUUUAGCUUGAACAUUGUACAGUAUACAAUUAAGAAAUCUUUUAAUCAACUAACCUUUGGUGCCUAAGAAAUGACUGUCAUAUAAAAACUAGUGGUUCCUUUAAUUUUUGGGUUUUCACUUUACAAUAAGGUUGUAUACAUGAACAGUAGUUAAUGCAGUAGGUAACAUGAAAUAACAAAGAAUUGUUUUACAGCAUUUAUUAAUCUUGGAAAGUACAUUUUUCUCAUAGUUCACCCAAAAAUGAUAAUUCUCUCAUCAUUUACUUACCCUUAUGCCGUCUUAAACUUGUAUGACUUUCUUCUGUCUAACACUAUUACAAAGACUAUUUUGAAGGACAUAUAACAUGUUUUUGUCCAUACAAUGCAAGUCAAUGGGGUCUAAAACUUUCAAGCUUCUAAAAGGACAUAAAGUCUGCAUGAAAGUAAUCCAUACGGCUCAGAUGGUUUAAUCCAUGUCUUCUGGAGAGAUAUGACCCAUUUUGGGUAAGAAAACUGAGAAACUGACCUCUUUGCACACGUCAAGCGCGAGGAAGUGUGAACGAGUUUCUCUCGUGAUCGCUCCAAGGAGACUGUGGAUGUCAAGAGUUAUUGUAAACAAGGAUGUCAAUUUUGAUCUGUUUCUCACCCAGAAAUGAUCGUAUUGCUUCAGAAGACAUAGAUUAAACCAUCUAAGUCAUAUGGAUGACCUUUAGUUCUUUUUUUUUUUUGUUCUUUUUGGAGCUUGAAAGUUUUGGACACCAUUGACUUGCAUUGUAUGGACAAAAACACAUUAUGCAUCCUUCAAAAUAUCUUCAUUUGUGUUCUGCAGAAGAAAGUCAUACGUGUUUGAGACAGCGUAAGGGUGAGUAAAUGAUAAGAUAAUUAUUUGGGUGAAUUAUUCCUUUAAACAGAUGUAUAUGUUAACAUUGCUUAUUGUAACAUGAACUAACAAUAAAUAGUUUAUUUAAAAACAUUAACCACAAUUAAAAAAUGCUGUAUAAAAUUAUUCAUUGUUAGUUCAUGAUACCUAAUGCAUUUACUGUAGUAAUGUAAACAAAUAGAACCUUAAUGUAAAGUGUUUCCAUUUUUGGUGUCUCUCUUUGUAACACUAUUAUAGUAACGAUUUGCUCAAGACUUGUUUUAUGCUAUUGAGGUGAUGUAAGGUUGAUGCAUGUUAUAUAAAAGGGAUGUUUGUGGUAAAGAUAUUGACCAGUAUCUUUAUGACAGUGCACUAAACUAUCAAUGCUAUUGAGUAUUCAGCAUCACUGGCUGCUCUUUUCUUUUUUCUGGCUUUUUCUUUUUUUUUUUUUACCAUUAAGUGCAUAAGCCAUGUGAAGUUGGAGAGAGCAGGUGUGUAUUUGCAGGGCUGUUCUGAAGGCAUAUGAACACAGUGCAGAAAGAUUGUUAUAAUGCAAGGCUGCAUUACACUGCAGGGGAUAAUCAAGUCAAAUCUGAUUUAUAAUAAAGUCUUAGAUGCUUUCCUA